CAGGACAACUCUUGGCAAUGGAUCGACAAUCGACGCGACAGUGCAAACGAAGCAACCGGUAAAGCAACAUUUGCGAACCGGCCUCCGCCGUGAUCGCUGAGAUGUGGACCCACAGCUUGAAGUGUUCCUCGGUGGUGUUUUUCGCGUGCGCGUUUCUCGCCGGCUCAGGUAGUGUAACAGGCAGCGCGGACGAUAAAGCCGGUGCAUUUGCAUUGAGCAGCGCCGGUGCAUUUGCGUCAAGUAGCGCCGGUGCAUUUGCAUCAAGCAACGCUGGUACGCUUGAAGAUGCAAGAAAUAUUCCUGGUGCUCAGGAUAGACAUAAAGGGAUUCGCAGCUACGACAGCACAGGUUUUCCUCACGAUAGCAAUGUUAAUCGUGAUGUAAAAUCUUACGGCACGCCUUCGGGACACGGCGCCAGUUAUGAUCACGGAAUAAAAGGCGGAGAUCAUGGCUAUAAUAAGAACGCUGAUGGCUGCUCUAAAUGCAAAUGGGAGAACGACGAUUACUGGGAACGGGAUGAGCCGGAAAAGGAGGGGGACGAAAAUGACGGGGAUGAAUGCGAUGACGGUCAAUACAGGCCCGAACACCAUCACGGUCCUGGUGGAAGACCUAAAUCGCGGCCAUCUGGGGUGCACAAGACGGGACCUGCAGGUGUUGAUGACGGAACCGGCAGCCCCAGCGAUUUUUCAGGCGGUAUCAACUAUCCGGCUACGGGCCCAGGAUAUACGAGGCCAAUCAAUGGCUAUGUAACCACAUCAAAACCUAGCUCUAGUUGGAAUACUCCAUUCGCUGAUGCCUCAAAGUCCGGAUACGGCGGCGUAACUCCACCUGCCUUUGGAACGACACCGAGCUCUUGGUCCGACUGGAACAGAAGACCAACACCGGGUGGCUCUCCAUCAAAGCCCAUCUGGGAUGGUGGUCACAACAGGAGAUUUCCUUCUUCGCAGGGACCUGGUGCACCUGCCCCGAAUUUCAGCGCAAUGUCCAAACCCGGACAAGGAUGGAAUCAAUUUCCAAGCGGUACUUCUGCAGGAUCAUAUGCAGGAAGUGGUGUAUUACCUCCAAGUAAUUAUGGAAAUCCACAAGAAAAUAAGAAUAAGCUUUAUGGACAACCUGUACCAUAUCCAGCAAGUGGUGUAUCUCCUCCAAGUAAUUAUGGAAAUCCACAGCCAAAUCAAAACAGGCCUUAUGGACAAUCUGUACCACAUCCAGCAAGUGGUGUAUCUCCUCCAAGUAAUUAUGGAAAUCCACAGCCAAAUCAAAACAGGCUUUAUGGACAAUCUGUACCACAUCCAGCAAGUGGUGUAUCUCCUCCAAGUAAUUAUGGAAAUCCACAGCCAAAUCAAAACAGGCUUUAUGGACAAUCUGUACCACAUCCAGCAAGUGGUGUAUCUCCUCCAAGUAAUUAUGGAAAUCCACAGGCAAAUCAGAACAGGCCUUAUGGACAACCUGUAACACAAAGCACAUAUGCAGGUGCUUAUGCUGGAGCAAGUGUAACCUCUGGUGUUGGAAGUCCUUCUGGAGAACCAUCUAAUUUUGGGAGAAAAGAUCAUCCAUUUGGCCUUUACAAGCCAGUAAAUACCCAAACACCACAUGGACCGUACACUGGGAUAAAUCAGACACCUUCCAAUAGAGAUAGCGGCUAUUAUGGUCUAGGAAGUUACAACAAACCUGAACCUAGUCCUCACAGUACAUUGUCUACAACUGUAACAAAUACUUUUGCAACUACGAAAGGACCAUAUGGCAGAAUUGAUUCAUCUAAAACUGUUCCUGGAACUCAAAGUAAUCCAUUUCCUGGAAAGUCACCUGGAUCACCAACUGGAAGUGGCGUUUAUGAACAUCCGAGUGUGACUAAGCCGAGUGGAACCACUAGCUCUUGGUUAGGUACUGGUCAGACUGGAAGCGGAAGUAGUACUUGGCAUAGUACAGGAACUACUCCACAUAUUGGAUUUCCAACAUCGAAUAUUGGAUUCGGAACAACUAAAACUCCAUUUAGUCACGUUAACACUCCAAGUUCUGUAUUAACGGCGCCAUACGACGGAACAGAACCAAAACGACCUAAUUUUAAUUUUGCGAGUAGCAGCGCAACUGCAAGCGCUGGUUCAAAUGCGUUUCCUAGUACUCCUAGCAUAACUGGAACAACAUCGUUACAUGGUACAACACCAGUGCACAGAGGUUCAAAUUAUACUCCUAGUGUUAAAGGUUAUAUUGGAACCAGACCUACAUAUGGAACUGUUCCUCAUGGUACACAUCCAAAUAUUGGAAGCGGUACUUGGCCUAGCGGACAGCCCGAAAGCAAUAUUGGACCUUGGUUUAGUGGUAAACCUGGAAGUGGAAUUACACCUGAAGGGCAUUCUCCAGGCACUAGUGAAAUUUUGCCCAGCAAGCAACCGCAAGGUGGAAGUGGAACGUGGCCAGAUCAAAGACAACCUGGGAGCGGAUCUGGAUGCACAGGUGGAAACUGUGGAAGCGCGACUUCUCAAGGAGAUAGCAAUUGCGGAAGGUGUUGUGAGAGUUAUAAUUGUAACAGUCCCAGUGGCGUUAAUAAAACAUAUUAUCCCGCUGGAACUGGUGAUGGUAAUGUUCCAAAUAUCGGAACUGUAUACGGACCAGAUUCACGUCCUAAUAUCAGAGGCGAUAUUAGACCAGUUUAUCCUGGAACUCAAGGUGCAAGUACAACAGCAGAAAAUCCUAACCCAUGGAAUCCAGCAAAUCCAUUCUUAUAUGGAGAUGGAGGCGGUACCCCAAGCAGUUUUUCACAUCCCUGGACUGGAACUACAGAUAAACCACUUGGCCAAGGAAAUCCUUUUCUCGAUUCAAACUGGAAUAGUCCUAAGCCUGGAUAUAGCAAUGUAUACAAUGACAGAAAUGUAAUUCCUCAUGGAGAAGGAAAUAAUAAACCUAUUGGUCAAGGAAAUAUUUUCCUAAAUGAUAAUAGAGGAGAAGGUAACUUAGGCGGUCCGUCAUAUGGUAAAUAUCCAGACAGAUCGGGAACACCAGGAAAUUAUCCUGGAUCGGGAAUAUCAGGAAAAUAUCCUGGAUCAGGAACACCAGAAAAUUAUCCUGGAUCGGGAACACCAGGAAGUUAUUCUGGAUCAGUAAAACCAGGAAGUUAUCCUGAACCGGGAAUACCAGGAAAUUAUCCUGGAUCAGGAAUACCAGGAACCUCAGGAAAUUAUGGAGCUGUGAAGGGUGGUUUUCAUUCCAGCGGAGCUUCACCGCAAGAUAGAAACAGCAAUAGACCUUAUCCUACAGGAAGCAGUCCUCAGGGUACAUUAGAGUGUAAGCUAGGUCUGUUUGGUUGUGGGACACCUGGCAGCGGGAGCUACGCAGACGAUAAAUAUCCAGGUGAAACAUUCGGGAUUAGAGGAAACGUUGGAGCUGGUACUGGAAAUCUAGGAGGCGGUGGCAAUGUUCCUAGUGGGCCUGGGAAUCUCGGAAUAAGUCCCGUAUCCGGUCAAUUCACUGCCAGUACAGGUCAUCCCGGAGCAGGGGGAAGCAAUUUAGCAACGUCCGCUGGCGGUGCCCAGGCGAGGGCUUACGCCGGAGCCUUCAGCUCUGCUCAAGCUUCCAGCUCCAGUUUUGCCGGUUCUUUCUCCGGUGCGACAGGACCCGCCAAUAAUUUUGGAAAUUUAUCUCCUAAUGCAGCGCAAAAUCAAGGCGGACUUAAUCCCUGGGCUUCUAGCGAUGCCUCUGCCUUUGCUAGUAGUAGUGCUGGAAGCUGGUCAGGAAAUCAUCCUAUCGACGUAAAGGGUUAACCAUUUUAAUUCAAAGACGAAUAUUAAAUUGCAUAGUUUCAGUUGUUUUCUUCCGGGGUCUACUGCGUAUUUCUCAAGAAUCCAGCGUUUCGUGAUCAUCAUGAAGAUCAUCAUAUUAAUUUCGACUCUGUUGGUGUUAUUAGUUCAACUAUGUAGCGCACAGUUUGGUGGCAUGGGUGGCAUGGGUGGCAUGAGUAACAUGGGUGGCAUGCGUGGCAUGGGUGGCAUGGGUGGCAUGAAUAGAGGACAAGGCCGUGGCAGAGGAUACUAUGGUGAAAAUGGGAGAGGCAAUGGGGGGCGAGGAAACGAUAUGGGACAAGGAUUCUUUUCAAUGUAUUAAUGGUAUCUUCUAAUUCUCAACUCUACCUGGAGAUACGGAAUUUAUUCCACAUGUAAUAUGGGUUUUCUUCAUGAAAUAAAUAAAUAAUAUAUAACCUACA